AUGGUUUUGCAUAACGAUAAGUGGAAGUGGAAGAAUAAACGCAAACAUUUGAAAAAGGUGGGUGAGGCGCAACAGGAUGGUAGCUCAAGUGAAGAUACAAGCGGUGACGAGCUGAUCACUAACGAAUGGCGGUUUGAGGAGCUGAGGCCUAUUCAACAUCCUAAAGAUGAGGAACAGAUAGCAUUAGAGCGAGAGCAGAGACAGAUCGAGUUGGAGCAGGACGAGGCCAACACGCGACUUGUUUUGAGUAAACUCAAGCUAUCAGCGCCUGAAAUCAGCAAAUCAAGCCAACACAAGGACGCCAAGAAGAUGUCCAAGCAGGAGCUGCUAGACUGGAGUGUGGGGCAACAGAGCGAACCUGAACCUGAUCUAGCAGCUCAAAGCAUUCGCACACUUAGCGAAGACGAAAAAGCUCGGUUCUACGAGCUGCAGAAGCGCAUCGAGCGGCAGAAAUUGGUGACGUCGAUGAAAAAGAAGUUUGCCACCACAGGAGGAAGAAAGGUGCUGGAGGUCGCGAAAGUAGACGACGACAACUACAAGGCUGUGAAUGCGCAAAAGCUCGAAGAGUCGGCGAAGAAGCCCAAGGAGGGCGAGUUCGAAGAGAGUUUGGCCGACCUGUUGGGUGAUAAAACAAUUUUGACCCAAGAGUCUGCUGCGAAUCCAGAUACCAGGGCACACAAAAUUACGCGUAAGCCAGGCCCGUCGCUCAAGCUCAACUCCUCACAAACCGAUGACGAGUUUUUGGACCAUCUGCUUGGAUGA